GGAUGCCGAGUGACUGAGGGACGCGGUUUGAAGGAGGGGUGGUGGUGGUGACUGACUGAGCGAGUGAGGACGCUCUUUUCAAGACCCUGGAGCAGUACAGCUCAGAGAUCCCCACCCAGAAAGAAAGAAGGAGGCUGCUUCAUUACCACCACACUGUUUAAGAAUCCUCUGUUUCUUCUCUCUCCUCCACCGACAUUAUCUUAUUUUGGGGGGGACGCCUCUCCAAAGCUAAAGAGGGAGCAACAAAAGCAGGUCAACAAGAGGAGAACUGAAGAGGCAAAGUUGAGGAACUAUCUAUCCCCUUUGCGGAAAGAAGCAAGAGAGGGUUUUGUAUAAUUGAAAAGAUUUGAACUUAGUCACGCCUGGCUGAGGGAGGGAGGAAGAAACAGAAGAAAGAGGAGAAUGGGUGUGUCUACGAGAUUGGGUUGUCUCUUUCUAUUAGUUUUGCUGGUUACAUGCGCAAAUGGGGAUGACCCUUACAGGUUCUACUCUUGGAACGUCACUUACGGAGACAUUUAUCCUCUUGGAGUUAAGCAACAGGGCAUACUGAUUAACGGCCAAUUCCCAGGUCCACAGAUCGAAUCAGUGACCAAUGAUAACUUGAUUGUCAAUGUUUACAACAGCUUGGAUGAACCUUUUCUCAUCUCUUGGAAUGGAGUGCAGCAGAGGAGGAACUCAUGGCAAGAUGGAGUUUAUGGGACCAACUGUCCAAUCCCACCAGGGAAGAACUUCACCUACGUCCUUCAAGUGAAAGAUCAGAUUGGUAGCUACUUCUACUUCCCUUCUCUUGCAUUCCACAAGGCUGCUGGAGGCUACGGUGGCUUCAAAAUUGCUAGCCGUUCUGUCAUUCCUGUACCUUUUCCUCCUCCGGCAGGAGAUUUCACCAUCUUAGCAGGAGACUGGUACAAGAGAAAUCACACAGAUUUGAAGGCCAUUUUAGAUGGUGGAAGUGAUCUUCCAUUCCCUGAAGGGCUCAUCAUCAAUGGCCGUGGUUCUAACGGCUACACAUUCACAGUUGAUCAAGGCAAGACUUACAGAUUCAGGAUAUCGAAUGUGGGGCUGACGAGUUCCAUCAAUUUCAGAAUCCAAGGGCAUAAGAUGCUGCUGGUUGAGGUUGAAGGAACCCACACUCUCCAAAACACUUAUAGCUCUCUUGACAUUCAUCUUGGUCAGACUUACUCUGUAUUGGUCACUGCAGAUCAACCACCACAAGACUACUACAUUGUUGUCUCCACAAGAUUCACCUCCCAGGUGCUUUCCACGACCUCCAUUCUCCAUUACAGUAACUCAGCUUCCUCUGUUUCUGGCCCUCCCCCAGGUGGCCCAACCGCCCAAAUUGAUUGGUCUCUAGAACAAGCUCGAUCUCUCAGGCGUAAUCUGACAGCAAGUGGACCAAGGCCUAAUCCUCAAGGAUCAUACCAUUAUGGUUUGAUUAACACAACACGUACAAUUAGGCUUCAAAAUUCUGCUCCAGUCAUCAACGGGAAGCAGAGAUAUGCUGUGAAUAGUGUGUCCUUCAUUCCUGCUGAUACACCUCUCAAGCUUGCUGACUACUUCAAGAUCUCCGGGGUUUUCUCCCUUGGAAGCAUGCCAGACAGCCCCACCGGCUCCGGUGGUUACCUUCAAACUUCUGUUAUGGCUGCCAAUUUCCGAGGCUUCGCUGAGAUUGUUUUUGAGAAUCCCGAAGACACCCUGCAAUCUUGGCAUAUUGAUGGCCACAACUUCUUCGUAGUAGGGAUGGAUGGAGGACAAUGGUCAGCUGCAAGUAGGUCGAGUUACAAUCUAAGAGACACGAUUUCUCGCAGCACUGUUCAGGUGUAUCCAAAGUCAUGGACUGCAAUAUACAUGCCUCUGGACAACGUGGGAAUGUGGAACGUGAGGUCAGAGAACUGGCCUCGUCAAUACUUGGGGCAACAAUUCUAUCUCCGCGUGUAUUCGCCUGCAAAUUCAUGGAGAGAUGAAUACCCUAUCCCGAGUAAUGCUCUGUUAUGUGGUCGUGCUAUAGGCCAUAGCGCUUGAGCUUCUCUAUACGAUGUGAGCCACUUCAUUAAAAUACUUUCAGCAUCAGCAGCAGCUGAAUUCAAGUCUCAGCUCGAGCCACUUUCCUCCUCUGUUCCUUUCAACAAGUUUCCUUCUAUAUCAUUGUUUCAUUGCGUUGUAGACCUUCACGGUAUUCAUUUAAUGUUAUAGAGAUUUUGUUUGUCCUAAGAUAUGGAACAGACAAUCGAGCCUCAUUUACCAUGGUGGUGGUAUCCAGUGUCCAUGUCAUUAGACCUGAUUUUCUACGACCCGUUAUAGGUUCUUUAUGUUUACUAUUGUCCAAUUCGGAUAUUGCAUGUGUAAUUUUGUAUCUGACUAGCAGGCUUCAAGUUAAGGAUCCAGGAGAUAAUUGAUACAUAAGUAAGACAUUUGCACUUUUUGAUCCUUACUUAGCCAUAGGUUUCAGAGUUGACUUC